UAAAGAGGGAAUAAUAGCAAUUGAAAAGAUGACAAAAAUGAUGAAGGGAAGGGAUUGGUCAAUUUUGGUUGCUAAUAAAUUUAGAGUCCAUAAUUAUAUAUAAGAAUGGUCUUUUUUUAAAUGGCCUCUAUUAAGGGAUGAUUUCUUGUGAAUUAAAAAAUAAAAGGAAUCGUUAUCUAAUGAGAGAUGUCACUCUAAUUAUCUUGAUAUUUGUUUAAGAAUCAAAUCAUCGAUUAGAUAUAAUCGAAUUGAUAUUUCCUUUCCUUGGUUUGUAAAGUUAGUGUCUAGGUGUUUUCUUGUUUCAUAUUUGAAAUAAGUUAUAAGGGGGUGUGGAAACCUCCCUACAACAGAUGUGUUUUAAAAAUCGUGAAGUUGACGGCUACAAGAUGAGCCAGAGCCAAAUUGGAUAAUAUCUGUUAGCGAUGAGCUUGAGUUGUUACAAAUAGUGACAUUGGGUGGUAUGCUAGCGAGGAUGCAAGACCCCAUAGGGGUGUGUGACACAAGGUGGUAUGUCAGCGAGGACGGUGAGCUCAAAGGGGGUGUGACACCUGGUGGUAUGCCAGUAAAGAUACUGGCCCCUAAGGGGUGUGACAUCCGGAGGUAUAUCAGGGAGGACGCUAACUUCCGAGAAGUAAAUUGAAAUGAAGCAUUCCUUAUAGAGAUACGUUGGGUUGGGUUGGGUUGUCACCCAGUGAGAACUUUAUAAAUAAAGACCGAAAAACUCAGAAAUCAUCAAGCAAGCCAGCGAGGGAGAAAAUGGAUCUCACAAGGAAGAUCCAGCAACAAUUUCAAGCUCUCAAUCCCAUCUCUUUUUCCAUAUGCCUUUUCUUCUUCUUCAUACUUCUGCUAAAGAUCUUCAAACGCAAGAAACCCAACUUCCCUCCUUCACCACCAAGGCUACCCAUCAUAGGCAACCUCCACCAAUUAGGUGCCCUGCCACACCAAUCCAUGGCAGCUCUUUCUAACAAAUAUGGCCCUCUAAUGCUUCUAAAGCUUGGCCAGACACAAGCCCUUGUGGUUUCAUCACCAAAAAUAGCUAAAGAAGUGAUGAAAACCCAUGACAUCAUAUUCUCCAACAGACUACAAACUACUGCCUCAAAGAAAUUGCUGUACCAAUGUCAAGACUGUUGGAAAGAGGGAUAUGCUUUAUUAAUGUCUACUGGAUUGAUGCCUAGAGGGUUACACAAUUCAUCAUAUCUUCAUUUUGAAUACUUUGAAUCAUAUCUCAACAAAGACAUUGCCUUUGUUCAUUGUAGUGAGUACUGGAGACAAGCCAGGAAAGUGUGCGCUCUUGAGCUUUUUAGUGCCAAAAGAGUGGACUCCUUUCAGUACGUAAGGGAUGAGGAAGUUGGUGGGCUCAUGGACAGGAUUCGUAAGGCUAGUGUGGGCGGUGAGGCUGUGAAUCUAAGCCAGUUAUUCCUUCAAACCUCGAACAAUAUAGUGUCCAGAUGCGUCUUGGGAGGGAAAUUUGAGGAUGAAAAUGGGAAUAGUCAAUUUGGAGACACAGCGAGAAAGCUUAUGGUGCUAAUUGUGGAGUUUUGUGUAGCUGAUCUUUUUCCUUCUCUUUGGUGGAUUGAUAUUAUUAGAGGGUUCAAUAAGGAGUUGAAAGAUUGCUUCGAAACAUUGGAUACAUUUUUUAGUAAAGUGGUUGAAGAACACAAGGAAAAAAUAAGAGCUGGUGUUCUAACUGAUGAAUUUAAGAAGGAUUUUGUAGAUAUCAUGUUGCAGCUCCAACAGGAUGACAUGGUUGACUAUCACUUCUCUUCCGACCAGCUCAAAGCAAUCAUACUGGACAUGUUUGUUGGUGCCAGUGACACAACAGCGACGGUACUAGAGUGGACAAUUACAGAGCUGAUGAGAAACCCAGCAGCCAUGAAGAAAGCCCAAGAGGAAGUAAGAACAAUAAUAGGAAAGAAACCAAAGAUCGAAGUCGAAGAUAUUCAAAAGAUGGAGUAUAUUCACUGUGUCGUAAAGGAAUCUCUAAGGCUCCACCCGCCCGUUCCUCUGCUAGUCCCACGAGAAACAACAGCAGAUGUGGAGAUCGACGGCUACCAUAUUCCAUCAAAAACAGGAGUCUUUGUGAACGUCUGGAAAAUCCAAAGGGAUCCCGAAUAUUGGAAGAAUCCAACCGAGUUCAUUCCGGAGAGGUUUAUGGAUAACUGUUCAGCGGAUUACAAAGGCCAAGACUAUGAGUUUAUUCCAUUUGGGAGUGGGAGAAGGAAGUGCCCAGGAAUGUCAUUUGGGGUUUCUUCAUUUGAACAGGCAUUGGCUAAUCUUCUCCAUUGGUUUGAUUGGAAGCUUCCCAGUGGCUAUGAAUUAAGCGUUGAAGAAGCAAAUGGCCUCACUGUUCGAAAGAAAACCCCCCUCGUUCUUAACCCAAUGCCAUGUUUCUAAUCAAAUUUAAAUAAAUAAUUCUCAUGUGGGUAA